AUGCGCGAACCACACGUUACUUCCGCUCUCCACCCACUAUACCACAGAGUCAUUUCCAAACACAACUGCCACACUUUCUCGGCUUCAUGGCGGACUGGUGUCCGAUAGCGACGGAGUAUGACCCGCUGAAGGCCGGCAGCAUCGACGGGACGGACGUGGAGCCCCAUGACCGCGCCGUGUGGAGGGCUAUGUGCGCCCGCUACAAGCCCAACAGGGGGGUCGUUGGAGAUCCGCUGCUCACCCUCUUUGUGGCCCGCCUGAACCCGCAGACCUCUGAGGAGAAGCUCCACAAAGUCUUCUCUAAGUACGGGGACAUCAAGCGGCUCCGACUGGUCCGAGACAUCGUGACUGGUUUCUCCAAAGGUUACGCCUUCAUUGAAUAUAAGGAGGAGCGGGCUCUGACCCGGGCCCGCAGGGACGCCAACAAGCUGGUGGUGGAUCAGCACGAACUGUUCGUGGACUUCGAGCAGGAGAGGACUCUGAAAGGGUGGAUCCCGCGGCGUCUGGGUGGAGGUCUGGGAGGGAAGAAGGAGUCCGGACAGCUGCGUUUCGGCGGAAGGGACCGACCUUUCCGGAAGCCCAUCAACCUGGGUGCCGGGCCGGUGCAGGAUCGGGGCGCGGAUUGGGGCAGAGGAGGAUCCGGCGGGUGGCAGGACCGGAACCGACAUAGAGAUGGGGAGCGGGGCAGUAGGGACAACAGAGGGUACCGGGACAGAGACAGGGAGGACCGCAGGUACAGAGACAGGAGGUGAUGCUGCAGAUGUUUAUGUGGCGGUUCGGGUGUCAACUGAUACCAGCGUGGAAGACAGUUCGUCACUUUUCGGGUUUUAUCGGAACACAGUGGAUCCACACCCGGAGAGGAGAAUUUGAGCAAUUUUGCUCCUUUGAUAAUUGGACUUGACCUUUUACCCUGAGUUAGUCUUAAAACUGGUUUACAAUAAAGAAAUUAGUGGCAAAAUAAAACGUUUUUAAAGCUUUAUUGCAGAUAUUCACAUUCAAUUACACAUAAAACACAAUAGCAAAUAUCCAGAUUCAAUUAUGUAAUAAUUCACACCUAUAAAAACUAUGUGAAAACAGUGAUAAUAAAAAAUAAUAAGCCAGAAGGUCAGGCUUCAUGACAGAAUAUUGAACCUUUGAUCUUUUAAUUUAUUAAUCAAAUUAGCCAAACACUCACAGUUUUCACCAGACAAUGUAAAAAAUAAACAGAAAAUUGAGUUUUAUUUUAAAAACAUCAGAAGUUUUCUGUUUAACUGUGAGGUAUAAGUCAGAAUAAAGUCAAAGUACCAACAAUGACACAAAAAAGGAAAGGCCAGGAGCUGUGGAAUGCUUUUUAAAAUCUUGGAAUGGUUUUGAUGUGUUUAUUUUUUGUACACAUUAUCCAAAGAAAUAAAGUCUUUAACUAUAAAUCA